AGCAGAGAUACAAAAGAGGAUGUCUCCUUAGUAAAACACACACAGCACAGUUUAACCACUAGCCUACAGGGCAAUUCUACCCCCUUCCUGCCCAGGCCAAUUUCCAGCUUUCAGCGCUGUUGCGCUUUGAAUGACAAUUGCGCGGUCAUGCAACACUGUACCCAUAUGACAUUUUUUAUCAUUUUUUGUGACAGACAGAGCUUUCUUUUGGUGGUAUUUAUUCACCUCUCGGUUUUUUUAUUUUUUCUUAAAUCAAAAACCACUGAAAAUCUUGGGAAAAAAAAGUUUUUU